AUGCCUUUUUCUUGCUUUCUCUUCGCGUCUGCCUUCGCGCUUGUUUACGGCCUGAUUGGGACGGUUGGGAUUCUGAGGCGGCUGGUCGUCGGCCUGAUAGGGACGGUUGGGAUUCUGAGGCGGCUGGUCGUCGUCGUCGUUGUGACCAAUUUCCAGAUCAUCUGCAGGUGGCGGUGGAGACGGCUUGAAGGCGCCGAGGAAAUUUCCGAGCACAAGAAGACAGAUCAGUGCAGCAGAAAUUUUAAGUGCUUCAUUCCUGGCAGACGGGUUCCAUGGCGUCUUGGACCAAGCGAGUAUGGCCGUCGAGCUGUGCGGCAAAGAACAAAAUUAACCCAACGAUUCGCCAAUCAACCCAAUCGCAAAUGCAAGGAAAACAGAGCAUUCAAUUUCAUACACAAUGCAUCAUCCCUAAGCUAA